GUCCUGUACUUGUCCUCCUUGGCGUGCGCGAGGAUGCUGACCGCCUCGAUCUGAGAUCGAACUUCCAGCGAGUGGUAUGGGUGAAAUCAGGCCACGCUCGUCUAAUCUUCCAGCGAAUGCAUAAAAAAUACAGUGAUGUUGUUCCUUUGGGCCCGAAUAUGGUGUCUGUCAACAGCCCAAGGGCAAUCCCAAUGAUUUACCGCAUGAGAGCGGGCAUUCCAAAGUGCAACUUCUAUACAGCAUUACGAGCCUACUCGCACAAAGGGGAUGCAGUUAAACUUGUCUUCAACACGCAAGACGAAGACACGUUGAAAAGCAUCAAGAACCCCAUUGUACCCCUAUUCUCGCAGUCUAGCAUCGCAAAGUAUGAACCAAUGGUAGACGACAUCUUGCCUUAGUUGAAAAAGCAGCUUGAUGACAGAUGUGAGAGCUACGUGUGAUCUUGGCGACUGGAUCCAAAACUUCGCCUUUGAUGUCAUGGGGGCCAUGGCAUUUUCUCAGUGAUACGAAUUUCUCGA